GCAGUGUAUAGAAACGUUGUGAACCACUGCCUUAGGCCACAAUGAUCUUAAGAUCAAGAAACGAAUCAAUACAGAUUCAAGAGAUUGAGAUAUAUAAUAAAAACUGUGCCUCUUCCAGGGCCCUAAAGGCCAUAAUACUUUGGCCCAUUUUCAUGUCUUUCACCAACAACUGUUUUUUGAGUUCUUGAAAAGUUUACUCUUUCUGGAAAUCUUAUUGACAGCCAGUAAAAGUUCAGCUAACGGGAUUUCUACAUGCAACGGUGCCAGAGUUUUAUAGGGAGGUCAAUGAGCUGCAUCCGGGAUAGAAUUGGCAGAACGGCAAUAUCAAAUGUGUGGUAGUGUUAACUGCAUAGCCAUGUGAUGUAUGUGAUAGAAUUAGGAGUACGGCAAUAUCAAAUGUGUGGUGGUGUUAACUGCUAUAGCCAUGUGAUGUAUGUGAUAGAAUUAGGAGUACGGCAAUAUCAAAUGUGUGGUAGUGUUAACUGCUAUAGCCAUGUGAUGUAUGUGAUAGAAUUAUUAGCCGUAUAAGCGUGCGAUUUGUUUUGUAUUUACUGUAAUGAUAGUUUGAUAGGCCAGAUGUUGCUCAAAGGAUAUGUAUGUAUUUCAAAUGUGGUUAUUUUUCAAACUUUUAUUAUUGACGACUGAGUAAAUUUGUGGGUAGGCCGACUAGUUAAAUUCUCUAUGUCAUAUACAAUUGUUAUAAAUUGCAAUGCACUCUUUCUUUAAAAUAUAGUUGUUACUUGAUUGAAAUCCGUUACACACUCCCCUAGACACUAAUUUCGCAACCUGAAAACUAUUUUUGAAAAAGAUGCAUCGCGUUUUCAAUAAAGCGUUUUUUGAUGUAUGGUAAUUUGACCUUGUGACCUGAGCUUAACAAUCAACCAUGAGAAAUACAUUAUCUUACCCUCAGAAAGGCCACCAAUUGACCUUUCACAUGUUUGUAUUCUAUGGUCACCCCACGAUUUUCUGGCCAUAUGUUUCAACCCUCUUCCUGAGGUCCUGUUACGUUCUCCAAGCCCGAAACGAAGAGAUUUAUUUGUCUUGAGUAUUCUAACACAUCUCAAUUUAUCUUUACUUUUAAGGAUGAAGACGAACGAUGCACACGGACCAGAAUCGGAAGUCUUUGAGUCACCGGUUGAGUGAGCAUGAUGCAGCCACGGAUCAAGCCUUUGCUGGCAUUACUCGUGCUGACAUCCUUGUACCAUCCUGGUCAACCCGACGGCUGUGAUCCGGACAUUCCGUCACGGUCGCUGCCCAAAAAUUACAUGGCUGCGUUCAAGACGGACAAAAGACCAGAGACGUGUUCCAGGGGGCAGUACUUGAACGGGAGCGAGUGCAAGCCGUGCGGUCACGGCACGUUCAUGACCAGUCAGAUGGCCCAAGAGAACACUCACGCACACUGCCUCCCGUGUAAUGAGCCUGGAAUGGUAUGUUAAGGGGAAAAAGGAAGUAAAAAGUAGUUGAUUUUUUUUUUCAAUAGGAAAUUUAAAAAAAAAUUCACGUUGAUAGUUUUAGCUUUAAAAUAAAGAAACAAAAUUAUGGCACCAAAUGUAUUGAUAAUUUUUGGCUCAUUAAUAUCUUAAAUUCCAGUCAGUCCGCUGGAUGUAUAGGACGUUUCUGUUGGUCUUUCCUAACUGAAGGGUUGAAAAUCCCUCGAUUGCUCAAAAAGACUGCCAAGCCUGAGAAGUUAACGCGUCUGUGAUUAAUCAUGUCCAUUGAAAACGUCAACAUUGUAGUUGUAGAAUCUUAUGUAUAUAGUUAAUAGAUUCAUCCUAAAUGUUAUUUCGAAUGCAAUAAAUGCGAUUUUAACAAAGAAAAUACUCGGGGAAAGGGAAGCAGAUUCUACCUUCGACCUUGAGGAAUUAAAAAAAAAAAAUAGACGCUUUAUUUACUUUUAAGGCUUUGUCAAUGAUUAGAUGAAGUUAUAAAUAAUAGUCAAGUUAUGCCAUACGACCCAAUCAGACACCCUGUAUAAGUUCCAAUACUCUGUUUUAUAUGCACGCGAAUAUUACCUUUAUCAGUUGUCUCCCAUCAGAGGUUCACACAUUCAAAAUAAUAUCAGUUACAGGCUUCAGGAUAUUUUUUUUUUGUUGCAGUAUGAAAUAACAACUGAACCUUGCACUACGACAAGAGACGCCAAGAUCAUGUGUGAAGACGGAUAUUAUCGAGUUAAAGUACCGGGAAAACCCUGUCAGUCUGAGUGCAGACGGUGCGAUGUGUGCGGUCUUGGGAUCAACAUGUUUAAGAACUAUGAAGGGCGCGAGUGCAGCGGCGACCAAAACACAAUCUGUUGCCACGAAGAACACAUGGUCGUGGUGGAUGGUGAUUGCAAGAACAGACCCACUACACCGCCUCCAACAUCAACCACACCAACGUCGACUUCCACAACAAUCUCGGAAUAUCAGUCGGUAUUCAGUGACGAAAUCAAGGUCGGGUUUUUGAGGAGCAGCGGAGAGACCCUUCACCACAGUGGUUAUAUCCCCUUGGUGUUAACUGUCUGCGUCGUCGUCGUCUUAGCCAAGCAUGGAUCUAUAUUUUCCUAAAUUAACAACAAAAUUAACCCGAGUCUCAGUCACUGAGUUAAAGAGUUUUACAGACGAUAAUGAAUCUUGUGACUGAGUGUCUUAAACUUUUCACUGGACGAUUCCGUUGCCUUGGUGAAAAGUUACAUUAAAAUUAGACCAAUGCGCAUUUUAUAAAGGACCCUCAGUCUCAUAGCGACUUAUAAACUUCAACCGUGUUGGGUUUUGAUUUCCACGCAUUGAACUGUAUAAAUAAUCCUUGUAUCUUUUGUAAACUGCUAUGUAUCUUUAAUAAUGUUUUCAACCACUGAAGUGCUUAUCUCAUCUCCUGGAAGAAGGAGUUGAUCAAACUCAGACAACCAGAUACCUGUGUAUAGUUUGUUAAUAAACUGACUUGGUGUUGAAUGCGUGUUUUUUAAAUAUAUCCUUUAUAUUAACUUCCCUUUUAUUUUUGGCUGGCUGGCUGGGUGGCUGGCUGGCUGGGUGGCUGGCUGGCUGGGUGGCUGGCAAAAAUCUUCGGACGGCCAAUUGACCCCACGUAUCGAGCUGAAACUUGGCACAUAGACUCGUUGCAAAAACAUUCUCUCAAAUUUUCAGCCCCAACCCCCAAAUAUCCUUUUGUUCAAGGGGAACAUAAAAUAACAUUCCCGAAAACUGCGCUAAAUGAGAUUAAUUUCUUACAAAAAUCGUAGGUGCGUUUAGAACGUAAUAUUUUCUUUUGUUUUUCUUAAAUUGUUGGUCAAAUAAAUCGACGGUGUAAAAGUGGGUGGUUCAUUAGAAUAUUAAUAUAAUCCAGGGCUGUGAAAAAAAAAAUGUGUUGUUGCCAGCCAUUUGGGGGGGGGGGGCAGGCCUUAUUGGGAUUCUUAUAUUGUGUGUUAUUUGUAUCCAUAUUUUGUCAAUUGUUUAGCCCCACCCCCCUUGCUAAAUGUUACCUUUUUUCAAAAGUUUGCUUCGAAUAACUUUGUUAUUGGGCGGGGAAAAAAAAAAUGUGUUGUUGCCAGCCAUUUGGGGGGGGGGGGGCAGGCCUUAUUGGGAUUCUUAUAAUGUGUGUUACUUGUAUCCAUAUUUUGUCAAAUGUUUAGCCCCACCCCCAUUGCUAAAUGUUACCUUUUUUCAAAAGAUUGCUGCGAAUAACUUUGUUAUUUUUUUAGAGGUUGUUCAUUUAAAACUAUACGCUACUAUGAGUUACUUGUUUAUGUUGUAGUUGUCUUGACGUAAGUGUGGGCAAUGACCAUAUAAAGGAUUGUUUUACUUUCACUAAGCACGUGAAAGCAUCGCUCUACUCCAGUAACCUACAAAAUAUUAUUGUUACAUAAGUUUGAGAACUACAUUAAAAUAGAUAAGAUAAAAGAUUGCAAACACACAAAAUGGAUUAUUUAUAAGAAAUUCCUUCCAAUUUCAUACUACUUUAUAAGUACUGUUGGAAUUUUAGUCCACAUAAUGUUAUUUAUUAUAUUUUUGCAUAUUUAUUUACCAAUGGUCUGCCGCGGAAAUAUUGACAAGUACUAGUGAGAAAGGUUGCUGAGCUCUUCGCUAGAUUGAUGAAAUUGAAAACAUGUUUUUGAAAAUUGUGUAAUCUUUCGCGGGGCCCCCUUGAUGAAGCAGAGGGAUCCCUGAGCAUUGACUCACUAGUUGGGAACCAUUGUAUGCUACAAGGUGCAGAUUCUUGUAAACAGGAAUAAAAUUCUUAAGGAUAUGUUAUACAAUUAUAAACCAGCAGUUUCUCUGUAAAAUCUUGUUUAACAGAACUGUAAAUUACUGGCACAAAUACUUUGUUCACGGCAUGCCAAUAUUUUCAUUUGGAGGGUAACUUCAAGCAGUGCAAUGCAAGGUAACCAGAAAUGAAUUCGUUAAAUCACUGUUAAAUGGGUUAAAC